GCUCAGUUUCAGUUGUUUCGCGAACUUCUUUUGAAGUUUUUUGUUUAAUUUGAUUAUCAUUUCUUUAAUUUAUAAAAUGUCAAGCAAGGAGACCAAAGCAAUACUUAAGGAAGUCCGAGAAGCUAUUAAAACUGAAAAUUUCAACGAUGCAAUAGAAAAAUGUGAAGCCUUGCUGCAAGAUGAACCUAAUAAUUAUAUGGCUUAUUUACUAUUAGGAGCGGCCUAUCAAAAUAGCAAUAAAGACCAGGCGGCAAAGUAUUUACGUAAAGCGGUUGAGUUUUCACCAGCUGCACCAACUGUUGCGCUACAGGGUUUAGCUAACUGCGCUCCACUGAAUGAGUUGCCCAAAAUUUAUGAGCAAUUGUUAGAUUUAGUACCUGAAAAGAGUAGUUAUUAUUUUGAGAGACUUUACGUCGCAGGAAUCAACAACAGGUGUGUAGGCGAAGAAUGUUUUAACAUUUUGAAGAGUGAAUUUAAACGAAAUGAUCAAGAUGUAGAACGUAGGAAAUAUGUAUUGAAAUAUUUAGCGCAGCUUUGGGUGCAUUUUGAUUUUGAUGUGGUCGAAGAGGAUGAAACUACCUAUAAAUAUGCUUUGGAGGAGCUGAUAGCAGAUCCUGAUGCUGAACAGUAUUUAAAUGCAUACAAACGUUAUCUUAAACUUCUAUAUAAAAAGGGUGAUUACACAAACUGCAUAAAACAUGCUUGUGCAGUUACCGAAAAAUACCCCCACGAUAUUUACGCUUAUGAGUGGGUGUGCAAAAUUUACUGUGAAUGCCGUGAAGUGGCUACGGAAUGCCUAAAUAAUCAAAAUCAAAAUAUUGAACAGUAUGUAGCGGCAUUGUUACAGCUGAAUAAAAAUGCUAGUUUAGGGCUACUUAUCAAAGCAAUCGAAUUUUAUGAGCAGCGACAAUUUGUAGCAGCGCGAGAUUUGCUAUAUCGGGUUCGUGAGUUGCAACCGACAUACACGAUUGCGUUGGAGUUGUUGGCGCGCGUAGAAAUGGUGAUUGGUGUUUGGAGCAUGGCUUUGUCAAUAUGGUGUAAAAUUGGAAAAAAGAAUUCUGUUGAACAUGCCCUGUGUUUGUCCCAUGUUAGCAACGAAAAGGCACAAUUACGAGAAACUACUGAAAUGUUACAAAAAUUUGACCAAAAUGAAGAUGUAAUGGCAGUUUUAGCUAGGUGUUAUUUUAAGCUUGGUUAUAUAGACCAAUUAAAGACAUUGCAGUUAAGCAUACUGCAGCAAGCAGAGUUUCUGGAGACGCCUGAAGCUGCUAUUGACUUAUUGCAAAGCUGCGCGGAUACAGAGUCAUUCGAAACACUUUUUUUACUAUCCAAAUUGCACUUGCAAUUGUCUCAUUAUGCCACCGCUUUGAAUUGUAUGCUCAAAGCGACACGCUUGCAACCAUAUUGCGCUGAAUGCUUCCACUAUCUCGGGAAAAUCUACUAUAUUACGAAGGAUAUUGUGCGUGCGCGUAAAUGUUUCGAAAAAUGUGUUAGUUUAAAUCCUUUGUGCGAGGAUGCGGUGAAUAAUCUAAGCGCUAUUUAUCAGCAAUUGGCUGAAGAGGAUUUGAACGCGGCAUUGUUGCUUAACACUCUUCAACAUAUGGAAUUUAAUGAUUCUAAGCGUAUACAUUACAAAUUAGGCCUGCAUUUUUUUAAUGUUAACAAAUGGGAUGAUGCUAUCCAAUCAUUUCGCACUGCUAUAAAGCUCGAUGUCAGUUGCAUGCAUUAUUGGGAAUCUCUGGGUGAUGCGUAUGCAGAGCGCGGUUCCUAUAAUUCUGCCAUACGCGUUUUUCAAAAAAUACUAGAAAUGAAUCCACACAAUAUUUACGCAAAAUUGCAAAUUGCAUUGAUCAAAUCGACUGUGCGCAUGUAUCCCGAAGCUAUAGCCGAAUUCGACGAAUUGCUACGAACUCAUCCCGAUUAUUUGCCUGGUCUAAAGGGGGCUGCUGAAGCACACAUUGGUUUGGCGAACAAUCUAAAGCUGGAACAUCUAUACGGACGUUGUAAAUAUCAUUUACAGAUGGCUGUUAAUCAUUUACAACGUGCUUUUCUAUCGCUAAACGAUAACAACAUGUUUUGGCUAUGGCGUCUUACCGCUAAUGUAUUUGUACAAACGUCGCGCAUGCCCAGCUCAUUGGCUUACUUAGAGGUGUCGGGGAAACUGGCGAAAUUAGAGGACGAAACAGCGAUUUUGUCAAGAAAAGACCUGUUCAUAUUAGCGGCAAGAUUUUACACUUGUGCCAUUAAAUUGAAAUCAAACACAUUUAUUUGGUAUGAAUUUGCCCUAUGUUGUUAUUAUUGCGCUGUUUACGUGCCUGAUGUAGCAGUCACUCAAUUGGAAUUGGCAACCAAAGCUUGUAAAAUGGCUAUACAUGAACAAAGUGACCGUUGGCAAAAUUGGAAUUUGCUGGGAGUAAUAAAUUUGCAUAAUGUAAUAAAUAACUUGGCUUUGGCGCAGCAUUGUUUCAUACAGGCACUAACACUAGAACGUAAAUCGUAUAUGUCAUGGACAAAUCUGGGCGCACUUUAUUUAAAGCUUGGCGAAAUAAAACUUGCAAAUCAGGCUUUUCAGAGAGCACAGCAGUCCAGUCCUAUAUAUGGAAAUGCUUGGAUUGGGCAGGCUAUGAUAGCUGAAGCAAUCGGUGAAGAAGAGGAAGCAUUAGAUCUCUUCAGACAUUGUCAGCAGUUUGAAUAUCACCCUGAGUCCGCACUUGGUUACGCCCACUGGGUGUGUACGGUGUUGGCUGAUCCACAAAAGUGUGAAAUUACACAUUACCGACAUGCCAUAAACAGCAUGUAUGCGGACGUGGUGGCAUUGGACGCAAUUAAUUGGUACGUUGUGAAUGAGGAAAAGGAUGCAACACUUGCCGCACUUUCGUUCCAGGGCUUUUUAAAUUUACAACAAAAGCAUUAUCGUCCGGCAGAGCGGGCAUAUCUUCAAGCUGUUGAAUCGACAGUAGCAACAACUAAUGAACAGCGUGAUAAACUACUAACAAAUUUGGGUUAUCUUUAUUUAAAAAUGAAUCGGCCGAAUGAUGCAAUAAAUGUUUUCAAUCGAGUGACACACGCGUCGUUAAAGGCCAUAAUUGGGUUGGCCCUGGCUUUCGUUCGCGCUGGUCAGCACCAGGAAGCAUAUUCGUUGUAUAACUCUGUAUUGAAGAGUUUGGUGGCUGAUAAUGAGGACAAAGCGGGAAUGAUAUUAGUAGCAAUGGCGGCAAUGGUUUACGCCUCGCAAGGAGAAGCGGAUACUAAAACGAUUCUAUAUCAAUGCAUUCUGCUCAAGAACUCUCCUAUCCAGGCUCUAUAUUCAGCGUGUGCUUUGGGUAUUCUACACGACGAUAAUCAACUAACAAUGACUAUAUUGACAGAGCUAAAGAAGUACGAAAAUAGUGAAGUUCACUCUGGGCAUAUUGCAUAUUUGACGGCACAACACUAUGUAGCCACUAAAAAAACACGCAAAGGUCUAACAUAUCUACUAUCACGUGUGCAUGUAUUCCCACAUUGUGCAGAGCUGCGAAAAGUUUUGGCCGAUUUUCUGCUGAACAAUUUUAGUCAUGCCUCGCAAUAUCAUGUAGCUACCAGUCAAAUUGCCUUGAGUUCAAUUAGUUUGUCGCAUCGUAAUAAGGCCCAAAAAAGCGACUGUAUUGAGGACUCUAAAUCGUUAUUGAUAGCCAGUCGCGCAUUAAAACCUGUAGACAAAUUGCGCUCGUUAAAACUGAUACAACAUGCCAUACGCCUACAUCCGCAAAAUCAGAACGCUUGGCUGGCGCUACAGGAAGUUUAUUAAUGUGUGUUUUGAUUUGAGUGUUUUAAUGUAAAGAAGGUCAUCUUAAUAAAUAAUUUUUAUAUAACGCAUUA